AUGGCCAAAGUCCGCCGGAACAGCGCCAUCACCGCGGCCGUCUGCUACUUCAUCGCCAUCAUCUUCCUCAUUCUCGUCAUCAUCGGCAACACCUCCAUCAAGCCCGUGCUGACGGACAUUUACUUCUUCAAACUCGAUGUCUCCGACAUCAUCCCGCUCUCCUCGGCAAACGCCGUCCUCCUCAACUCCGUAGCCCGUAGCUUGGGACUCCACGACUUUUACCAAGUCGGUCUCUGGAACUUUUGCGAAGGCUACAAUGAUGAGGGCGUCACCUUCUGCUCAACCCCCCAGCGCAUGUGGUGGUUCAACCCCAUCGAGAUCCUCACCAACGAGCUCCUCGCCGGCGCCACCAUCGCCCUCCCCUCCGAGGUCAGCACCAUCCUCAACAUCCUCCGCAUCGGCCAGCAGGUCAUGUUCGGCCUCUUCAUCUCGGGCAUCUCCCUCGCCGCCGCCCUCCUCAUCGUCACCCCGCUCGUCAUGCGCUCGCGCUGGUGGAGUCUCCCCAUCGCAAUCUUCGCCGCCAUCACGGGUCUCCUCGUCACCGUCGCCUCCAUCAUCGGCACCGUCAUGAGCGUCGGCGCCAAGAUCGCCCUCACCCAGCAGUCCGAGCUCAACAUCAACGCCGUCCUCGGCGUGCGCAUGUUCGUCUUCAUGUGGCUCGCCAGCGCCCUCGUCGACCUCGCCGCCAUUCUCCACAUGGCCAUGGGCUGCUGCUGCUCGCCCAGGAAAGAGAGGGAGGCUGCCGCUGCCGCUGCUGCUGCCGGUGGGGCGAACAACACGCCGGAGAAGACGACCAAUACGACCGAGAGUGGCGAGAAGCCGUCGAGGUUGCCUGCUUUUAUGAGGAAGCGCAGCCCGAGGUCGUCGACGUCGUAG